AUGAAAGCUCAUAGUGAAGCCGCAAAUACUCGCAAAGCGUGGCAACAAAUUAUCGUCACUUCCAGUUCUUUCGUGCUGUUUAUUGCUAAAAGCAGAACACAACUGCUAAAUGCAAUUGAAGGUAUUUUGCAUAUGGAAGAUGAAAGAAAGAAAAAAAUAAAUGUUUUGACCAUAAUGCAUCUGCAGUUUAAAGAAAAAUCAGAGCAGAACAUUUAUUGUGUGUAA